CGCAUCCCCCGUCUUCAUUCCGUUUCGGCGUCGCGGCAAGAUAACUUGUUUAUUUCGUUUUAGUUUUAAGUUAGCGCGUUUUUCCCCACCGCCGGUGUCGCCCAAAUAAUGCUAGACACAGCCUAGAGCAACGGCAAACCAACUAGUACACAUACCGCCACACAAGCAGAAACGGAAACGGAAUAAUGGGCCGCAGCCGGAGUCCCGCCUCGCCGGCACACAGGAGACGCGAGAAGGAGCGAUCCGAGAGAAAGAAGCGCAGGGAGCGGCGUUCCCGGGAGAGAGAGGCCAUCGGAGUGGCCCCAGCCGGAGGAUCAGGCGGAGGAGGAGGAGGAGGUGGCCCCAGUCGCCGUGACCGGGAGCGGGAGCGCGACCGGAGUCGCAGCCGUGAACGGGAGCGGGAUCGCGAUCGUGCGCGGGGCCGGCGAUCUAGAUCGCGGUCGAGGGGCGCCGGAGGAGGAGGAGGAGGCGGCGGCGGAAGCAGCGGCGGCAACAGCAGCUCCGGACCAUCGACGUCGCGAAGGACGACGAGGAACAAUGCGGCGGCCACAGCUGCCGACCGGCCCAAGCUCAACGAGGCAGACCUGGAGGGUAAAUCGCCGGAAGAGGUCGAGAUGCUCAAGACAAUGGGAUUCUGCACGUUCGACACCACCAAGAACAGGAAGGUCGAGGGCAACGACGUCGGAGAAGUGCAUGUAAUCCUGAAGCGAAAGUACCGCCAGUACAUGAAUCGCAAGGGUGGCUUCAACCGGCCGCUCGAUUUCGUGGCCUAGCAGUCCUUGGCUAUUGUCAUUGCCACAUGCACAGCCAUCUCCACAUCCUUUUCCUUUGCCCAACUAGUUUGCUACGCUUUUUUACUUGUCCGUGCCCAAUGGGCGACGGACGAAGACCUGCAAUUUUAUGCAAUAGACCGGUUUACGAAAUUCAGCCAGCUUUUGGCCCCAUCCAAAUUUCCACUCUUCAAGCAAGCUCUGCAAGAGGACAGCCUCAUCACACUCAUACCUCAUCAAUUAGUUAUUUAGUAGUUUAAGCCUGAAGUGCGCCUUUGUUAUAAAGUUGGCCCCCCAACGUUAAUUUUACAACAAAUAUCUGGGGCUGAAAGCAAUUCCAACCCCCUUCGGUUGGAUAAUCUGCUUUCAGCUGCAGCUGACCACGCACGACGAUUGCUUUUUGAAUAUUUCAAAGUAAUUAACAAUUGUUUUUGUUGACAUCUCACCAUUUUGUACGAAUACGAAUUAACUGAAGCCAGCCUGAUAACGAAAUUCACAACAGCAAAAUUUCCAAACUCACAUACAGACAAUUACUUAAAGUAUUUGAAAACACACCACAGUCCGAAACGAACCAUAUAUCCGUAUCCAUAUCCAUAUCCUUAUCCUGAUCCAAAUCCUCAAUACCAAAACCACCCAACAAACUUCCUCCAUACGCUGCAAUAGUACAACUUUUACAACCAAACAAUAUAUAUCAAAUAUAUAUUUUAUAUAUAUAGAAAUUAAAAUAUACACACACACCACAAGUACCUUAUCCCCGGAACCCCCAGAAUGAACCUUACAAUAGCCAUAGCAAUUUGUUGAAAGAAUCAUAAUUUGUUUAACAAUCAAAAUGUUGUAAUUAAUCCAGUUAAUUCCGAUUUAAAUCACAAGUGCCAACAGAUCAGGCAAACCAACGAUGAAGAUAAAUCACGUUUUUAUAGAGAUAUUUGUAUAUUCAUUUUGUACUCUUUUUAUAAGAUAGACAUGAAUAUUUGUAUGCCGCAACCAGCAAACUAUUAUUAAGCAAUAGUUACCGUUUUUUUUGACUUUGGAAAACAACAUGUAUUUGAAAAUUUAAAUCAUUUCGGCCACACCACACCACCCACACACAUCUUAUAUCAAUUAUUUGUAGUUUUACACAUAAACGAAAUUGCAGGGAUAUUUGUCUUACUUCAUAUUCUCCUACAAUAAACUGAUAAUAAAUUUGUAAAACCAUUUCUAA